CUCUUGUUUGGUUAUGAAAAAUCAUCUAGAAAACAUUUUGCAAAGCUACUUAUUUUCCUUCACUUAAAGGAAAAUGAAUUCCCUAAUAAGUCAAGGAAGUCAUUUCCCAGAUAAAACAUUUGAGAGCUACAACAUCGAUAAUUCACUCCUCUUCUUCACCCCCAACAAAAUCGAUAGUUCACCCACAAGCAGCUCCUCAUCGUCUUCAAUUUAGGGUUGUCUCCCCUCUCUCUCUUCUCCCCACUGCAAGAAUUUUAAAGUAAAUCAUGGGAAAAAAAGGAGAGAAGCAGUUUAGGUAGUCAAAACCAAUGGAAUAUUUGAUAUUGGAGAUUCUAGCUGAUGAAGUAAAGCAAGGGAAUAAAUCGACGACUCAGUUUAAGGCCAGCUCGUUUAAUCGUAUUUCUAAUGCCAUUAACGAACAACUAGGAAUGAAUUUUACAUCUAAGCAUGUGGAGAAUCAUCUUAAAACAAUAAGAAACACUUGGAGUACAAUCCAAACUCUACUAAACAAAAGCGAUUUUGGAUGGGAUGACAACUUGAAGAUGAUUACGGCCAGUCCCGAAGUCUAUGCGGUCCAUAUUCAGGUUGCCAGUAGAUUCUCACACCUGCAAAAGUUCCCCAGAUGCACGAUGAUACAUAUUGAUUCCAGAUAUCUCCAGUUUAUUAUUCACUGAAAAAGCUAUUGUUUCCUGAUGAUGAAAAGACUUGGUUACCCAGUCUUUUGUUGAUAUCCCCUUACUCCUGUCCCCUAGAUUAAUUGCACCAUUAUGAUUCACAUCAACUGUAACAACAUUAUUAUGAUUCUGCAUUUGGUCCUCUGUCUCCUCUGUCAGAGAAUGAAAUUGAUUAGUAGUAGUAAUCUUCUCAGGAGUUAUAACUUUCUCUCCUUGAUAACCUUUAUGAGGAAAUAGGGUGCCAUUUGUUCUCAUUGGUGUAUUAUUUCUUUCCUUGAAUCCUUGAUUCCUUGUUAUGUCUCUUUCCUCUUUAUUAUUUUGAGAUUGAAGUUGUGACUUA